CAUCAAUAUUAUAUAGAUCAACAUCUUCUCAGUUGUACAAAUGACUUCAGAGAUCUUGGUGUGAUAGUGGACAGCAAAUUCAACUUUAAUGCGCAUAUCAACAACAUCACUCACAAGGCUUCUUCCCGCGCUCGCUUAAUCGUCAAAUGUUUCACAUCUAAGAAUAAGGAUCUACUUGUGAAGGCUUUUUGCAGUUAUGUACGUCCUCUAAUUGAAUACUGCUCACCGCUAUGGAAUCCGCACUACAAAUAUCAAAUAACCAAGAUUGAAAAUGUUCAGAGAAGA